ACUCCGAUCGGAGAAUCCAAAUCCGAAACCCUAAAACUCUGAAUCUUCCCCGGCCGCCGUAAGCAGGAAACGAUGUCGGGAGUCACCAAUCAAGAGGAGGACAAGAAACCCACGGAUCAAGCUAAUCACAUCAACCUCAAAGUCAAAGGCCAGGAUGGGAAUGAGGUAUUCUUCAGGAUCAAAAGAUCCACUCAACUGAAGAAGCUUAUGAAUGCUUACUGUGAUCGACAGUCAGUGGACAUCAACUCCAUUGCAUUCCUUUUUGAUGGUCGUCGCCUGCGAGGGGAACAGACUCCAGAUGAGUUGGAAAUGGAGGAUGGGGAUGAGAUAGAUGCGAUGCUGCAUCAAACAGGUGGUGCUAUGGCCUAAGUAGUGUGUUUAGUGGGUUGUUUAUGCUGGUAUGGUAGUAUUGUUACCUGAUAAAAUAGGUUUUUCUGAAAUAUGACCUCUGGAACUGUAUGGUAUUCACACAACAAAGCCUCUUAAUAUGUUUCUGCAUGAUGCUUCUCGAUAGCGUAGAACAGUAGAUGUUCUACGCUUUGUUUCAUUGUCUACUUUCUAUUUGCACAGUUUGAUGAUUCCCUAUUUGUUCUAAAUAUAUGGAUGAGUUAGUUUCUUAAUAUAGGAACAAAACCCAAGUUAUAUUGCUGUUGGUAGAAUAGUUUGCUUGAUGUAUCUAGACAUGGUAGUAGCGGAAAUGAAAGCCCCAGGAGGAUGCCAGUGAUGUUGAAAUUCAAGACAUACAGAAUGGUGCUCCUUUAAAGCAGAAAACCUAGAGGAUAAUGGAU